AUGGUGGCAAAUGAAGAUCAGAGACGUGCCCUGGAGCCUAAAGACUCAGGCUGCACGGAGGCUGACCAUGAACGCCGCAGCCCCGCAAGGAGAACCGGGCGCCGGCGCCCCCGUAGCCGCUGCUUCCGAGGCGGGGAUUCGAACACGGACCAGCGCCUCCGCUGGGCCCCCGGCCAGGCCCCGCGGGGUACAGUGCCCCGCGGGCGCCGGGCUCCCGCUCACUCGGGCCGCAGCAGAAGCGCCUGUGGGACCCAGGGGAGCCGCCCCGGAAAGCCGGGGCCCGCCCACGGCACCGCGCGGGCCAAUGGGGCCCCGCCGCCCGCCGGCCCCGGCCCCUCUGCCAGGGCCCCGUCGCAGGCGCUCCGGAGGCGGGGGGAUUCGCGGCGCCGCCAGGCCGCGCUCUUCUUCCUCAACAACAUCUCCCUGGACGGACGGCCCCCGAGCCUGGGCCCGGGCGGAGAGAAGCCCCCGCCGCCGCCGCCCGCCGAGGCCCGCGAGCCGCCCGCGCCGCCGCCGCCGCCGCCGGGCGGCCUUCCAGGGCUGCCCGGGCCCGCGGGCAGGGCGUCGGCGCCCCAGGGCCUGCUCAGCCCGGCGCCCGGCCCCGCGCCCGCCAGCCUCAGCCUCGGCCUGGGACUCGGGCUGGACGUGCAGCGCCAGAGAAGGCGAGUUGCCUCCCAGCGCUGCUCUCUCGAGUUCCUGGAAGAUGCUGUGGGGUGCACCUCAGUUCAAAGAACCAAACACAUAUCUGGAUCCCCAAGACACAAGGGCCUGAAGAAGACUCACUUCAUCAAGAACAUGAGGCAGUAUGACACAAGGAACAGCAGGAUUGUGCUCAUCUGCGCCAAGCGGUCCCUGUGUGCAGCCUUCUCAGUGCUGCCCUACGGAGAAGGCCUGCGGGUCAGUGACCUCAGGGUGGACAGCCAGAAGCAGAGGCACCCCUCCGGUGGCGUCUCCGUGUCUUCUGAGAUGGUCUUUGAGUUGGAAGGCGUCGAGCUGGGAGCAGAUGGGAAGGUGGUGUCUUAUGCCAAGUUCUUGUACCCUACCAACGCCCUGGUCACACACAAGACGGACAGCCACGGCCUGCCGCCCCAGCCCCGGCCCAGCAUCCCCCGUGCUCUGCCAGGCUCAAGAUACAAACCAGCUCCAGCCAAGUCAGCGCCAGCCGGCACGGAACUAGGGAGUGACGCAGGGGACGCGCUGGAGUAUAACCCCAACCUCCUGGACGACCCACAGUGGCCCUGCGGCAAGCACAAGCGAGUCCUCAUCUUUGCCUCCUACAUGACCACGGUGAUAGAGUAUGUGAAGCCCUCUGACCUCAAGAAGGACAUGAAUGAGACUUUCCGAGAGAAGUUCCCGCACAUCAAACUGACGCUGAGCAAGAUCCGGAGUUUAAAACGGGAGAUGCGGAACCUCUCUGAGGAGUGCAGCCUGGAGCCCGUGACGGUGUCCAUGGCCUACGUGUACUUCGAGAAGCUGGUCCUGCAGGGCAAACUCAACAAGCAGAACCGCAAGCUGUGCGCUGGGGCGUGCGUGUUGCUCGCUGCCAAGAUCAGCAGUGACCUCCGCAGGACUGAAGUGAAGCAGCUCAUCGAUAAGCUAGAAGAAAGGUUUCGAUUCAACAGACGGGAUCUAAUUGGGUUCGAGUUCACGGUGCUGGUGGCCUUGGAACUCGCGCUCUACCUUCCCGAGAGCCAGGUGUUACCUCAUUACCGACGCCUCACGCAGCAGUUCUAGCCGAGGCUGGCCUCCGCAUGCCGGGAGGCUGGCCUCUGCUGCCGAGACAGCCCCGGUGCAGGCACUCACACGCGGGCCAGGGAGGUGUUCCCAGGUACUGCAGGGCACGCCCGCCGGUCCCCACUUCAGCACCCACCUGGCGGGGACCCACCUGCCCUCUGUGACUGACGACCCUGUCUGCACACC